AUGGUGGACCACGAGAACCGUCAGUACAUCCACGAUUUCCAAAUCGAGCGUCUUUUCAAGGACAUGAUCGACCAUGUUUUGGACACCGCAUCCAACACGAAGCGCCUUCCCGCCUCCGAAAGCGAACUGCGGGUGCAGCUCCUGCGGUAUUUCCGUGGCCGCCACACGAAACAGGAAGUCGAAGGUUUUGCGGGCGGGCUGAUUACGAAACUAUCGGACUACAAUGCGCAGCAAGUAACGGCUUCGACGAAGCAGCUGCAAGUAGACCCACAACUACAAAAUUUUGAGCCCAUCUUCAUUCAAUCCCUGUCGCAGUUAGUCCAGUCCGCGCAGAAAGAUUUGACGCGGUUUGAGGAAGCGGAGCAGGUUCGGCAGGUUCUGAAGUUUUCGAAAGAGCAAACGGACGAAUGGUACGUGAACAUCUUCGAAAAGCUCGUGUCGAACGAUGACGGAUUGGCGAGUCGAAUGGCUUUGAGUAAAGCCUACGACCAAGUUGCAGGGACGAGGAGCAGUAGUACGAAUACGGGAGGAAAGUACGUACUAGGUGGGAAAGACGGGGGCAAUCAGGUAACUUCUGGAAACAACGCGGGUGCGUCGACCUCUACAGCAUCAAAAACAAGUAACAAAAAAACCUCACUGGAGAUUGUGACGGACACGACGUCGAUGUCUGGAUCGAAGGGAAGCAACGAGGAGCCCGAAGCUGCUGCGGGGGCAACGGAGCAAGAUGAGCGGAUUUCCUUUGCUGACUUUUUACGAAUGAUUGCGGACCGGGAACGGGAGGAGGAGGAGGGGGAAAACAGAGGCUCUGAAAUCAAUAUUCCGGCGGUUUAGUAGAAGAACUAGAAGUAAUCCAAGCGAAUAAAAAAGCGUGAAGUGUUAGAUAGUGAUUGAGUCAUGCAAAAUGACAGCGUCUUGGUCUUCGCUGCUGACGAACGAGUUAUGGUGUAAUCUCAAUCAUCUCUUCAACACGGCAAAAUAGCAGGCUGCGAAUCAUGAAUAAUGUCAAGGAGUCAUCACCAUACCGUGGCUGUUUCAGACGGUGGAUCCUGAUCCUGAAUGUAGGCACAAGACUCAAUAUUUUUUGCCUUCAGGAGGGAGAGCGAAGAAGGAGUGCGGCAUUACGCCGGCAAGUAUUUAUGAUUGUAAGUAGAGCAGACUCAGACACG